GAAUUUAUUACACGUCAUAUUUAUAUUUUCAGUCAUUCUCGAAUUUAAUUUAAAAUAUAUUGUUCUAGUUUGUUUUUUCUUGUCCAAUACAUUUUUCUGUAUAUUUUAGCAUUUUCAGUGCAUUUUCAGCAUUUAAAUGAACAAUUUUAAGUGAAUGUUAUUACACUUAUAAUGACUUUUUUUAGAAUCACAAGUCACGAGCCCAGAAUACAACAACAGAAAAUUGUAGAUGGAAAACCAGAAUACUCGGGCAUAAUAGAAGUGGCGUCGAUUUUGCUGAAGACCGAGGGAAUUACAGCUUUGUGGAAAGGUUGGCCUUUUUAUUAUUUACGAGUGGCACCAGGGACAAUCUUGUUAUUUAUUUUCAUGGAACAGCUUAAGAAAGGAUAUGAAGAUAAGUUCAUGAAAGACCAGUAACUUAACAAACAUGAACCAAUGUUUUUUUUUGUCAUUUUACAAUUUUUGUUUUUUCAUUAUUUGUUUUUGUUUAUGAAAUAUAA